AUGGUCGGCGGCGAGCUACCCGACGACGACAUUGCGCUCAUCGCCACGCCGCUCCAACUACCUAAUGGCGUUGUUAUCCCGAACCGCCUGGUAAAGGCGUCCAUGGAGGAAGGUAUCACCGGCGGGCUGCCUGGAAAGCGACACCGCAGGCUGUACCGCCGCUGGGGCAAGGGCGGCUGGGGCGGAGUCAUGACGGGAAACGUCGCCGUCGACUCGUCACAGCCAGCAACACCGCACGAUCUGCGGGUAUACGACUCGCCACACACCACGCCGCUGUAUUGCGAGCUGCACGACGCGCUACUCGCCGACGCACCCGAGCCACGACCGUUAACGCUCGUCCAGCUCUCGCAUGCUGGAAUGCAGAGCAGCGCAACGUUUGGCCUGGCGCGUGCACCCUGGGUACCGGCACUGGCGCCCGUCAGCGAUCGCCCAAGUCUGGGACGGGGCCCAUUUGCGUGGUUCCUCGAACGCGCGUUCUGGCCGACCAAGAGCCGAGCGGUGGUCGACCGCGCAGAGUGGCUCGACAUUGCCGGCAAGUUUGUCGAUGCAGCGCAGACAAUGGAGGAAGCUGGCUGGGGCGGUGUGCAAGUGCACUCGGCUCACGGUUACCUUCUUGCCGAAUACCUCUCUCCAUUGCAGUUUGUCAAGUCUGUCAAGAUCAACUGCUCUGAUUUCGUCCAAGGCGGUCUUGACGAGGAGCAGGCUGCCGAGGUCAUCCGCGAGGUCGUCUCGUGGAAGCUCGUCGACAUUCUCGAGGUGUCGGGCGGCACAUACUCCAACCCUGCAUUUACUGACCCCCCACCCGCCAACGCCCGCGAGUCCCUGUUCUCGUACUUUACCCAAGCACUCAUCCCCACCCUCCCGCCCGUACCCCACGGCCCGGCCAUCAUGCUCACGGGCGGGCUGCACGACCGCGCGCUCAUCGCGUCGUGUAUCCGCAGCCGGGCAUGCGACCUCGUGGGCAUUGCGCGCGCGGCCGCGCUCGUCCCUGACCUGCCGCACCGCGUCCUCCUCAACCAGGACCUGGACGCCAGCAAGGCCCGCGUAAACGUCGCGGCCAUCCCGCACGGCGACCUGGUCAAGUGCGUGCUCGGCGGCGGCGGCAUGUCGGGGCUGAGUCCCGGCCGCAUCAAGCUCGUGGGCGCCAGCGUGUCGACGUUUUGGUUCGAGUGGCAGAUGGCCGCCAUAGGUCGCGGAGAGGACCCCGACCCGGCCCUCGACUGGAUCAGCGGCAUCUUCCACAACUGGCUCUGGUACGACCUGUGCUCUGGCGGCCCGGUCGGGUGGUAUAAGCGCUGGAUGGGGGAGUGGUGA